CAGGGGAGGUUGAGGUUGGAUAUUACGAAAAAUGUCUUCUCCGAAAGUGGUGCUGCACUGGCACAGGCUGCCCAGGGAGGUGGUGGAGUCACUGUCGCUGGAGGUAUUCAAGAACUGUGUAGAUGUGGCCCUGAGGAAUGUGGUCAGUAGGCAAUAUUAGUGUGGGAAGCAAGGAGGAAGGACACUGAGAAGAAAGGCUGACAGCCUGUUCCCACCAACAGUGGAGGAAAGGGUGAGGCAGGACUGGGAAGGAUAAAAGCUAUCCCUGCCAGCUGGGAGCCAAGCAGGCAGGCUGAGUUUCAUGAGCAGCACUGCACCGACUGACAGAUGUCAUGCCCAGGCUGGCCUGCUUUAUACACCCACCCUUUCCCUCCAGAGGCUGCAGUGGGACCAUGGAAAUGCAGGUUUCUCCAGGGGAAACGAAGCCAAAGAGAUGAAAGGAAGCAGCUUCUGUGAAGUGAAGAAGCCAGAGAAAGGAAAACAAGGAGAUACAGCAGCUCCAUCAAGCUAACCUGGAAAGUUGUGUUGAGGCCAGAAGAAGUGAAGAAUUCUGACUUUUGAUGACAGCCGUCGUCUGUGCUGCCACAGGCAGGUGUACGUGUGGCAUCCUUUUCUAGAGGAAUUAACAGUAGAGACCUCAUUUGUCAUCGUGCUGAUAUGCUGAGAUGUAGCAUGAAUUCUAAUUUCUAGCUCUGCAAUCCGCAUGGACCUCACCAAGUCUGGAGCUGCCUGAAGGGACUAAGCGGAAUGCGAUCGCUGUUCUCAGCAUCACUUUAUUUUAGAUGCUCAGCUAUCUAUGCUCAGCUGCAUUUACAGGUGCCACAAGAUUUAGAAAAUGAAAUGCUGUGAGACAGCCUCUUCUUUUACAGCCACUUCAUUUACAGCUGCCAAGUAAAUUGGAUUUUGAAGAGGCAUCUGAAUUUAGGAUGUUUCUUUCCAUCAAACCACCAAACCUCCUGGAACCAGUGACCUAAUAAGCAGCCUUCCCACUGAUGCUCUGGGUGGUUUUGCUUGUUCUCAUGUGAAGUCUGGUUGGAGGGUAGGUGAACUAUGGAGGCAGGAGAGUACCCUGGAUUUGAAAACCAAAGAAGCUUCCUAUUACUGUUCUCAGUUUGAGCUAAAAUUUCUCUAUAGAGUUUGUAGCUGCCAGCAUUGUGGGUGGAAAUUAUUGGCCUUACUUUUGCAUGCCUGUGUUUUGAACCACAUAAGUCUUAAUAAGAAAAAAAAAUGCAGCCCGAGAGCUUGACAUCGUUUUGCCCGGUUCGAUGAUCAAAAGUUCUUUUGUUCUUUGUGCUGCUCCUGUUGUUUUACACGGAGCAGUGGGGCUGCACAGGCUGCUGCAGAGGAGAGGAUUAAACUCCAGGAGCGAGGCACCGAUGAUACCUGGAGGUGAUGCGUUUUGUACUGAACAUUUCAUUAGCUCCCACAACGCUGUCUAGCUGACGCUUGUUCAUUAGCCAUAUGCAUCCCAAACCAGUCGCCCAUGUAGCUUCAUCCCAGCGGUGCCAUACACAGAGCAGGAGCGUUCCGGAUUUCACGCCAGCCCCUCAGUAGGAGAUACGAUUAGGGAGGCUGGCCCAUCAAUAUUUCACUGCAUCUCUACUCCGUGACAGAAGUGGCUGUGGGAUGUUUCUCUCUAGCUCUUGUGCUUCCCAAACUUAUCUCCUUGACAACUUUAAACAAAGGUUAUUUUGGAACAGGAGCUGUCAAGAAAUGACUCCAAGGAAGUUUUCUUGUUAAAACAAGUUGGCUCGGCAGCACCAUCUUCUGUUCUGCCCUUUGAACAGCCUUGGAUGUCACACAAAAAGUGAGUGUUGUCUUGGCUAGCUCAGGGCAAAAGGAGAGUUUGAAAAGGAUGGAGUUCAUGUUUUCCACGCUGGGAGCAUGAGCCAUUGAGCUGACACGGGAGGUGUGGGUGCAGGUCUGCAGAGCAGGGGACAGCAGGGUUGUGGCACACAGCGGGGAGCUCCUCCGAGCAGCUGUGGGCACAGUGCUGGCAGCACAGUGGAGAAACAGAAAGUGAAAGAGACCUUGUGCAGACCCAGACUCUAGGUCUGAGGGCUCCGGGGAAAUCUGUAGGCCCCAUCAGUGUGUUCCCAGCACUUACAAGCUCUGUUGCCUUUAUCUUUGCGGUAUCGAGCUUGAUAUCUCACCAUAUUAAAUAUAUGUACACAACUGCCUACAUGUGUUACUAUAGAGUAUAUAUAUAUGAGAAGGAAUAUCCAUAUUUUACUUCUGUUUUAGAGCGUUGUUGCAGGCCAUAAGUAAUUAAUACGUGAGCGACUCAGAUCCUUGCACGGCAAUCCUCACACAAGAGAAAAGUGUUCCUAUAAAAAAUACAACAAAGGCCUUAAAUCUAAACCACAACAGCUUUCUUGUCAGAGACACUCAGUGGCAGGAGCCUGCAACACAGCCACCAGCCCCUUUUCAAUAUCCAGAACAGAACAAUGUGGGAAAUACUUGGACAGCAGCCACAGCUCUCAUAGCAGCUGCUGCUACAUUUUUGUCAGGAUUAAGUUCAUUUCAAUUAUAGAAAGCCUUGUGAUCACCUGCUAGGAGGUUUUCAGCAGUUCGGGAGGCCGAGGGAGUGUAUACAGCUAUAUUUAACACUAACCCUGUUGCGUGCUCCAGCUCCAUCCCAUUUGCAGAGAGCUCUGCAGACAUCCCGUAGUAAGUGCUUAAGUGUAGAUUCCUUCUUCCUUUAUGGCUUGAUAUGAGUGGAAUUUUUUAAGACCCAUAUAAAUCCUCAUUUAUUUUAGAGAGAAUUUAAAGGCACUGAGGAGACUGAAUGAAACAGACGUCGUGGUGUGCUUCUCUUUGUUACUGCUGCAUUGCUCAGGCUGUGCCAGAAGGGGGCUGAGCACCGCAGCUUUUGGUGCUGUCCCACCCUUCGCUUCCCACAGAGAAGCACUCUGUCCUAGUGUAAAUGGUGCCAAGGACAGAAGUGCCGGCCAUCGCCUCAAAAGGGAGCGUUUCAUUUGGCACAGGGGCUGGUGACAACGCAGGCAUCAAAAAGCCACGGCUGAGAAGGCAGCGUGGAAACCCAGAGCCCUCUGUGCAACUUGUAUGGAAAACUCUGAGGGAGAAAUAGAGGCAGAAGGAGAUGCCCCGUUCCUGGAGGUGAUGAAGGGCAGGUUGGAUGGGGCCCUGGGCAGCCUGAGCUGGUGGGGGGCAACCAGCCCAUGGCAGGGGGUUGGAGCUCAAUGAUCUCUAAGGUCCCUUCCAACCCAAGCCAUUCUGGGAUUCUGAUGUGACCAGAUCCUGUUUUGAGAAGUGGUUACGGCCGGAGGAUGCGCAGUUUCACAUGGCCCACAGUGACCUUAUCCCAGGUGUAUCUGAACCCAAGCAGCCUGAGCACAUAGGUGGUCAUUAAUGCUCCCCACCCUGCCAUUCCUCACUGGCCAUCACCAGAGUUGUCUGUCACUAGGAAGGUGACAAAGCUGGCAGUGAGACGUGGCCUCCAGAGUGUCUGUGCUUGCAAUUCCCCAUGCCUGGCUGCUUUCACUCACGUGUCUCCUUCCUUUCCACCUAUGUUUGAAUCAGACACUGAGGGAUUGCUGACAUUUGGAUGCCACAGAGUGACUGAUGCUGCUCUGCACGUUUGCUUGUCACGUCCGGUCAGCGCCAUGGCACCAUCGCACAGGACGUGCUGCAGCAAAAAGGGACAGAGAGUGAAGCGGCCAGAGGACAGUGUCAGCAAAAGGGAAACCUUUGGUGACAGCAGCCAGUGAAGGGCUUGGCAGCUGUGGGAAGUGGCUUCUAAGGAGGAGGUCUGGCACCUCAUCUUCUGGUAGUGUGUCUGGCAGGCGAGCCACAGCUAUUGUUAGACCUGGGGGGUGCCGUGAUUUGGUUGUCCUUUUAAAAAUAAAUUGGAAAGUGGCUAAUGCCAGUUUUUAAGCGUCUGAAUAACUGAAGCUUCCUAGCACUUUCCAAAGUGCUGCCAGAAGGUUGUUCUCAAAGGAAUUCAUUUUUGUCUAAUUAAAUCUCUCUGUAGAGCUCUCCAAGUAUCAAACCAAAAACAUCAACAUGCAGCACUUUGCAGACUGAUGGGAGUCACACUGGAGCCUGGCGCUGUGAGCUGAUGGGCGGACAGAUGGAGCUGAUGGUCGCGGUGGAGGAGUGAGAGGACAAACCUCCCUUUCUGCCUCUGCCCCAAAUAACUGGCUUCAUCCCCCGGCUCAGUUCACCCAACUGUAAAAUGUCUAGAAAAUACUUGCUGUGGCAUGGAUUUGCCCAGAUGGAAGCUGGUCGUGGUCGUGGAGCGUGAGGCAAAGGCUUUGUGUGAGCUGGGAGCUUUGUGCUUUUCGGAUGGGUUCUGAUGCUCAGGGGCGGAAGCUGUGCUGGGAACUGGAGGAUUACAUCUCUCUCUGCACUGCAGCAAGGCAACACUCAAUGCUUGCAAACCCCGAGCAUCCAGGCCUGCCAGUGAGUGCCCAAGGCUGGCUCCCAGUCUCUGCGUUUUGUUGCACGUUGCACACCAGAGCACUGAGCCCUAGCCUGGAGCUGGAGGGCACUCACAGAGUCCUGCCCUGGCGCAUCCUCCUCUUGGGUUUCUAGCUCACACAGAUCACCAGGAAUUUCUGCUUUCAGCCUUAUACAGCCACCAUCUCCAUUUGAAGUCCCUACGGAGUGCAUACCUUGCACUACAGCCCCCAAGUUGUUGCUGUCAGCUCCUCUCUAUUGAAGCAUAGUGUUUACAUACAUUGCCAUGUUUUUGCAAGCCAGAGAGAUUUUUCAUGCUUGGAAAGUAGAGGUUUUUGAAAUAUUUCUUACCAUAACACCUCCCAUUUUAUAAAACCCCUAAUAGUCCUUACAAAUGAGGUUAAACGAAAAGAAGUGGAAAAUAGCAAAGCCCUCAAAAAGUAUAAAUAGCAGCUGAAAUGUCAGCUGCAGCCAAUUGCUGCUUGGUGUGUGUUAUAAUACACCUGGUAAGUAGCAUCUCAAUUACUUCUCAGACCAUUCUGAGUUCGACAGCUUUACCUAUAAUGAGCAUUUUCUCUAUUUAGAGGAGACUCUUCCACAUUGUGCAAAUGCUGGGUGAGAUUCCACGAGGUGAAAGCCGGCAGGACAGCGAUUACCUUGCAGCAGACAAUGAAGUAAUCCCGGGGCUUUUGGGGGCCCCUUUUAGCGAAGCAAGAGACACUGAGAUGAAGGUUUGCACGCUGGAUGCUUUCCACUGACAGCAAUAAUCUUGCUGCGACAGAAAAUAAAAAUCAAAAAAAAACUUUUUGUUUGGUUAAGCAACUGCAAAUAAUAAGGGAGAUUUGAAAAACACUCAGUGCUCUGUUUCCAUUGAUAAUGUGACAUGCCUGGCAGCUCACGUUACCAAUGGCCCGAUCCCUGUAAGUGCACGAAGUCUCCCGGGGUGGAUAGCGGCCCAAGGUGAUUUUUGUCAGGAGGGGGAGCUCUGUCUGCACCAACUGCUGGGGAAACGCUGCUUGCUUCGGGCGGAACGGCAGGGAGAAGCCACGCUCACCAUUUUGUUCCUUUGUGUGUUUUGUCAUGCGUUUGCAGGAAUUUCACAGGCUAUCUAACCGCAGUGAUUUAGGUUUGUACGUAUAUAGCAUUGCUAUAUAAACCUAACAGUAAUAACAAGCUUCUGUGCACAGUGUGGUUCAAGAAGGAACGUCAUGCCCGCUUAAAUCCAGCAGCUCGGUUGGUUUGGAGAAGUUUGGCACAGGAAGGGGACAGUGCACUGCUCACAUCCCUCGAGUCCCUAGAAGGCAUGGCUUAACUCAGAAGGCAAAAUUACUUUCCAGUUUACUGCAGUGGGCAAAAGUGUGUGGCAAAGACGCUUCCUUUUAGCACGCUGUGUUGGCUUUGGUUGACCUCUAUCUCAUAAUACAUAGGAGGACACAGAGGACCUCGGCCUUUCACGCUGCCAGCAGGACUGAGAUGUGGACCCAGCUGCACAAACCUCCCGGGGCUGGGAUGGAACAGGGCAGCCCCAGACUCAUCAUGGAGAAGGAAAUGGGACCAGUGCCGCACGCUGAACGGUUUCUGGCAACCUCAUCUCAGGAGAGGUGGUCAAAGCUUCCCCAACUUGAAGGAAAUGCAGAGCACGCUGUGGUGGCCACACUCUUUCUUCCCCACGGCUGCUUCUGCAGGCUCAGCAGAGAGGCAGCAAGCUGCAAGAGGAGCUGAGGCACUGCAGGGCUGCUCAGCAGCUUGUUACGAAGGGCCUGAAGCUGCAGCUCAACAAACAUCUCCCGACAUGCUGGGGGCUGGCACCUGACCUGGCCGAAAGCCCUUGGUGUCACUGUCACUGCUGCACAGCUUGGCAACCUGCAUGGCCACGCAAGCACCGCUGCCAGCUCUCUCUCAUGGGUCUGGACCCAAUUAAAAUGACUAUUAACUAUGGCUCUCAUUAGUAAGAUUGACAACGACAACUUUUAAUCACGCGCUUGGCUUGCGGAAGAGGUGGAGGAGGGAGCGGCUCACUUUUCCAUUUACCACGGAUAUGCUCUUAAAAAAGCAGCUACAAAAAUUCCCUGCGAGUAAUUUGAGUGCAGCGCAGCUGGAUUUUAAAAUUCAAGAUUUAGGCCUGAGAAGGACAAAACAUGUUCUAAAUCCCCACGUUCUCUCCCUAGGAGGAUGAAUUUCAGCAAGGAUCAGGUUCAGUCAGGAUGAUUUUCCACACUGGCUUUUGUAUUUCUGCCAGGACUGAAUUUUUACGUCCCAUUUACAAUGGUGGGGGGAGAGUCGAGGUGCUGACAUGGCUUCACCCCCACAGCACCGCUGCUGAAGACACACAUGGAGCUGGCCUUGGCGGCUUACCCAGGGCUCUUGGGAAAUAACUGGCAGCUCUAAAAAUAAGCCCGAGGAGAGCAAGCUGCUUGCACCGAGCGGGUGCAGUAUUGCUGCCGGCUGCACUGCAGUCCCAGGACACUGCCCAGGGCUUCUCCAGCAUCGCUGCCACACGAUGGGGUUAAUGGCUCAAGAGCACGGCCUCAGCAGUUCAGCAGAAAACACCAGCAUCUCCAUGGGGACAGAAGCACAGGGCCACAGCUCACUCCAGCCUCGGUUGCCGGCACGCAUGAAAAGCAGGAGGUCUGGGCUCAGGAAUUUUCCAGCUAACCCAGCAGCCUGCAAAGGGGGCCCCUUGCUAACACCGGUUUGGCCCCGUUCUGCAUCGGCUCCGACGUGCUGCCGCUGCUGGACUUUGCUUGGCACAGUGCAACGCUGAGGAUCAGGUCUGCCAGGAGCAGGGCUCGCCUCUUCUUGGAGCAGGCAGGAAUAUGGGCUGAAGAUAAAAUGAUGACCAUUCCCCAGCACAGUAGAACACUUCUAUGACUUUGCAGACAUAUUUACAACCAGAAUGGAGUAGACAAUUUAGGACAAAGUGAUGAUAUCUGUGAACACACUGGAGGAAUUUAAAUGCCUACCACAAAACAGCUUGUGUAUUCGAAGGACUUGUGUUAUCCUGUUUGAUAAUGACCUUCGUGGAAGCUGGGGCGAAGGUUAAAAGCACAUAGAAUAAAAUAGUUUGGGAAAACAGAAUGCAAACGGACUGCCACUGGUACGUGAACAUCAAGUUGUCUGAUGAGUGCAGUGACUCUGGUGAGAGUGCCUGGACUUACAUUUCCCUACGUACAGCUCACUAGAAGCCAAGGAAGGAGAGAAGUAAUAGAUCCUUGUAAAUGUAUUCUGGGAAGAAACAACAGAAAAGCUGGGAGUUGUACAUUGAACUUGAUGUUUUUAUCCUUGCUGUGGAGACAGACCUUCCGCAUUGGGCAAAAAUACCUGCGUAGAAUUCUGUGAACAACACCUUAUUUUCUGAACGGCUUGCAGAAGAAUCGUUGGUACCUUAUUUUCUUAGGCUAUUAAUGGAUACUCUUCUUUCUUCGGGGGAUUCGGAUGGCUGGUCAAGUAAAAGACCUUGAUCAGAAUUCAGUGCUGUGUAUGCCAGAUGUGAUGAGGAAAUGAGUUACUGUAAGCAAAAUAACUGCUCUUGGUUGAAGCACUGAAUCCAGUAAGAUGAAGAAUGUCAAAAGGAGUCUACGAAUGAGACCAAGAUGGCAGUUCCACUCAUGAUUGAGAGGUUGAGGAAAUGGACUAAUGCAUGAGUGCUGUGAUAUAUCCGUCCAAGAAAAGGACGUUAAAACAUGGACUCCUGUGUUUUUAAACCAGAGAAGAUCUGGGUUGUGAUCAUCCAAUCAAAAUGGACUUGCACUUGAAUUGAUCAGGGGACUGUGUCAGUGGUUAUCCUAUGAUGGAUCUCUUUGAGGAUGGGGUGGUGAAAUUUUAUUCUCAGGUUAUAUAUGCUUAAGAGAGAAAAGAAUUUGGUAAGAAAUCUGUUACUAUCCCAUUGGACAAAAUGUAUUUUUUUCUAAAGUGACUUAAUAAAAGGUUUUGGCUUCUUUCAUGCUUUGUGUUUGUCCUUUCUGGCUGAAUCUUUUCUUGGUCAUGUUGAUAUUUAAGCGUGUUACAUUUUUGGUUGCUAUGAAAGUGAGAAAUACUUUAGCUGCCAAGCACUAAAGGCAAGGUAAAAAUUUUUAUGUUCUUGAUGUUUAAAAUGUGGUUUUCAUUUACAAAUUAUCUUCACUUUGCUGCGACUUCUAAUGAAUGUUUAUUCUGGUUUGUUCAUUCAGGGGCUUUAAUGGCGGACGUUUUUCUAAACUUGGUGCGUUGUCAGGGUACUUCUGCUAAACUUUCUGAAGUUAUUUUAAGGUGGAACCAGUAUCAUAUUGAAGGCUGGCCAAAUGUGUUUUAAUAAAGGAGUAAUUAAAUGUUUUCUGUAAGUUUUUUAGACGUGCUCAUUCAGUUUUGUGUGUGUACAGAAACUUUUACCAGAUUUCCUGGACAACGUACUUCCUGAGCGGUCUAUUUUCCUAAAAUUGUUCUGUACCUGAUCUAUUUCGCUGCUGGUUCAUGUAGGCAUGGCUUCCUGAUCCUGUGCUGUGUCUUUGAGGAAAACUGAGUUAAUUUUCUGCAGAUGAUGGUUGCUUUUUCAAAUGAAUUUGAAAGUGGUUCUUACGUUAAAAAAAAUUUCUUUCCAGAUUUUUUGUGAAUGAAAUAGUUGAACUGUACUUCAAGUAUGUUUCACCUGAAAUUCAUGGUUGUCUGUAUCAGUUUGGUCUUCAUGUCUAAGACAAAUCUCAUUCUGAGCACUUAAGCAAUUGAGUUUGCUUUAUUUAAAAAAAAAAAAUAAUCAAAUGCUGUAUUUAGUGAUUUUGCUCCUUUAGGCCUCUUUGGAAAUAUCCUCUUUUACCAUAAUGAAUUGUUUGUGCUCAUUUGAUCCAGCUAUUUUGAUGAUGUGCACUUGCCUGUUGAAGUUUGCUUUUGCCAUGCGUUGUGUGGUGGUGUUGGAUAUUGGGACCAACUUCAGGAGAUCCACAUCCAGAUGAGUGGAUUUUCCUUAGCGUUAACCCAAAGCGUUUGCAAUGUUGUUGCUGUUGUACUUCUUGGUUCUCCUAGUUUAGGUGUUCAGGGGUCUUCUGUAAAUAGCUGGUAAACUGAAAUUCGGCGAAACGGAUACUGACUACAGAGCAUACCUUCUCCUACCUCUUGGUAUGGAGAUAUGAUAGGUUGUUGGCAGAAAUGGAUGGCAAGUGUAUAGAGCUCAAAGGAAGUAUCUUGGUUCAGCUGGUGGAAGCCAGUGUUGGCAAGCUGUUGGGAUGCUGUGCUGCGGACGGUCCUUGUAGAUGUUGGAACUUGCCCAUUGCCCUCUGGCCCUCCAUCAGUUACCCAAUGGCUGGUUUCCAUCUCUGGUUGUGAUGGCUACAAGUAUGGAAGAAGUCCUUGUGCUUUAAGUUGUCUGUUGCUUGCGGGGAAACCAAUGGUGGUCAGGAUGCGAGAGGUUGGGGGGUGCUUGGUUCUCCUCCAUCUGCUCUGUGAUAUGUCUUCUCAGUGCCCCAGCAUGUUGGACUGUAGAUGUGGCUUGAUUUCCGAAUAAGCCUCUUGGCUAUUUCAUGGCUUUGAAUUCUUUUGUUUAAAAUCUCUCGACGAGUAUUAAUGAGUUAAGAACGGGAAUGAGAAAUAAUUCAUGCAUUGGUGUGAGACUUCUUCUGCAGCAGUGCCUUCGCAUUCCUGACGGAAAUGGCGUGGCUGUUGGAUUGGUGUUGUUGGGGCAGACCACUAGGGAGGCGCUGUUGAGCUGGAAGGGCUUGGUAGAGCUGUGGGGCUUUUUCAGGAGCGUGUGGUGCUUCUGUCCCAAGCACUGCGUGCAAGUACUGGAUGACAAAAGGAAGAGCUGUUGUCUGGGGGCACCGUGACUUAAUUGAAAAAUAAGUGCCCCUUGGGUGGGGUGACCCCCAAGGUGGGCUGUUGCUGGCUGCAUGGCUGUGAGCUCCACUUCCAUUCUUUCAAAAUGGCUUGUAGCAGCACCACUUCCUGUCCAGGGAGGAAGUAAUUUUAGCCCAUGCACUGAAAUAUUUAGCAAAUCUUUAAAACAAAAGGAACAAAUUACGUUUCUUUUUGGUUUCAAAAGGGUGGCUGAGCCACAGGGGGUUAAGGUGCCCCUUCUGCUGGGGUAGUUGGAAGAAGCCAGGGCUGUGGGGGGUAGCAGGCACCCUUUAGGUGGAGGCUAUCUCUUUUUUUGGUAGAAAUGAAGGGGUGGGUCUAUGGUACAUCACCUGAGUUGUGGGGUAAAUGUAGAGAGUGUCAAUCAAAGGCAGAGCUCAGAGCUGGGAAGGAGCUCUAGAUGGCGGCUGUGCCUUAGAGAGAGCGCGCUCAGCUCCGUGCCUUCCCCAACACUUUACGCAACUUUCCCUAACUUUCGGGCAGCCUCAGGGGGCCCCCACAGCCCCUUGCCUCUCCUAGGCACUAAUAGGGGGCCGAGCGGACCUUUUUCGGGCAGAAAAGCAGCUUUUGAGGGCUCUCUUUUCGUGCCUUGCUGGAAAGAAGAAGCCGUGGAGAGAGCCCAGGUCGUUGUUUUUCCAGCUUAGAAGCCAUGGCGUACCUCCAUUUUUGUGCGCUCUCCUAAUGAGCUUUUUCCCCCGGACAUUUUUGUACUAAUUAUCGUUUCUUUUGCUUUACCGACAGCAUAUUUUUUGGGAUUAGAAUAUAUAUUUUUUUUCUUUUUCUGAAUUUCGUAUUUUAUCAUUCGAGCUCUAAAUAUUUUGGAUCUAAUGUUUUUCCACGACCCGAAACUAAUAUCGACUUGGUCCUGGCGGCGGUGCAUGGAUCAGUAAAUACCUGGGCACAGGACUUCAAAGCAAGCAGACAUCCCUGACCCCCUCUUAUUAUUUAAGAAUAAAAAGAUGAUGAGAAAUAAGGACAAAAGCCAAGGAGAGGAGGGUUCAGUCCACAGCAAUGCAUCGAGUCACUCGGCAUCCGAAGAAGCCUCUGGCUCUGACUCUGCAAGCCAGUCUGAGAGCGAGCAGGGCAGCGAGCAGGGCAGCGAGUCUAACAGCAGCUCCGAGUCCUCUGAAAGUCAGUCUGAAUCUGAAAGUGAAUCAACGGGUUCGAAAUCCCAGCAGACCCCUCCUGAAACCAAAGAAAAACCAGCCUCUAAGAAGGAAAGGAUAGCAGAUGUUAAAAAGAUGUGGGAAGAAUAUCCUGAUGUUUAUGGGGUUAGGAGGUCAAACCGAAGCAGACAAGAACCGUCGCGAUUUAAUAUAAAAGAUGAGGCAAGUAGCGAAUCUGAAAAUGAGAGCCCAAAAAGAAGAGGCCAGAAGCAAGUGAAAAGAAAAAAAAAGUGGAAAAGAGAGAUUUCUGGUGAAGAGGAGGAUGAAGAUGGAGGGGAUCAAGGCACCAGUGCAGAGAGUGAGCUCGAACCGAAGAGAAUUAAAGCAAAAAGACCUGUCCAAAGGAGAACAAUGGCCAAAACCAGUGUUAAAAAACCUCCCAAACUCCAGCGUGGGAAGAAGAGAAAGAGACAGGUGUCAUCUGAAGAUGACGACGAUGAUGAAGAUGGUGAGACUCCCAAGAGACAAACUCGGCGAAGAGCAGCCAAAAAUGUCAGUUACAAGGAAGACGAUGAUUUUGAGACGGAUUCUGAUGACCUGAUAGAGAUGACUGGGGAAGGAGCUGAUGAACAUGAAGACAACAGUGAAACUAUUGAAAAAGUCUUGGACAUCAGGCUUGGAAAAAAAGGAGCCACUGGUGCUUCCACCACAGUGUAUGCAACUGAAGCCAAUGGCAACCCCAGUGCCGACUUCGACCCUGAAAAGGAUGAGGGAGAAGUUCAUUACCUGAUCAAAUGGAAAGGCUGGUCCUACAUCCACAGCACGUGGGAGAGUGAGGAGUCCCUGCAGCAGCAGAAAGUGAAGGGCCUGAAAAAACUAGAAAACUUCAAGAAAAAGGAGGAAGAGAUCAAGCAAUGGCUGGCCAAGGUAUCGCCUGAAGAUGUGGAAUAUUUCAACUGCCAACAGGAGCUGGCUUCAGAGCUGAACAAACAGUAUCAAAUUGUGGAGAGAGUAAUUGCUGUGAAGACCAGCAAGUCUGCGACGGGGCAUGCUGACUUCCCAGCAAACAGUCGCAAAACAUCCUCGAAUGACCCCGAGUACCUGUGCAAGUGGAUGGGACUGCCCUAUGCAGAGUGCAGCUGGGAAGAUGAAGCUCUUAUAAGCAAGAAAUUUCAGCACUGCAUUGACAGCUUCAACAACCGUAACAACUCCAAGACAAUUCCUACCCGGGACUGCAAGGUAUUGAAGCAGAGACCAAGAUUUGUUGCCUUGAAGAAACAGCCUUCUUAUAUUGGCAGUGAGAACCUGGAGCUGCGAGAUUACCAGCUGGAGGGCCUCAACUGGCUCGCUCACUCGUGGUGCAAGAACAACAGCGUGAUCCUGGCUGAUGAAAUGGGCCUGGGGAAGACGAUUCAGACAAUAUCAUUCCUGUCAUACCUCUUCCACCAGCACCAGCUGUACGGUCCUUUCCUGGUGGUGGUUCCUCUGUCGACUCUCACCUCGUGGCAGAGAGAGUUUGAAGUGUGGGCACCUGAGAUCAACGUGGUGGUUUACAUCGGUGACCUCAUGAGCAGGAACAUGAUACGUGAAUAUGAGUGGAUCCACUCUCAGUCUAAAAGGUUGAAAUUCAAUGCACUUAUCACGACAUAUGAGAUCCUCCUCAAAGACAAGGCUGUUUUGGGAAGUAUUAGCUGGGCCUUUCUAGGCGUGGAUGAAGCCCAUCGUUUGAAAAACGAUGACUCUUUGCUGUACAAAACAUUGAUUGACUUCAAGUCCAACCACAGGCUGCUGAUCACUGGCACCCCGCUUCAAAAUUCACUCAAAGAACUCUGGUCCCUGCUGCAUUUCAUCAUGCCUGAGAAGUUUGAGUUCUGGGAGGAUUUUGAAGAAGAUCAUGGGAAAGGUAGAGAGAAUGGCUACCAGAGCCUUCACAAAGUCCUGGAGCCAUUUCUCCUGCGCAGAGUGAAGAAGGAUGUGGAGAAAUCUUUGCCAGCCAAAGUGGAGCAGAUCCUCCGGGUGGAAAUGUCUGCUUUGCAGAAGCAGUAUUACAAGUGGAUUUUGACGAGAAACUACAAGGCUCUUUCAAAGGGAACAAGGGGAAGCACAUCAGGUUUCCUGAACAUCGUGAUGGAGUUGAAAAAGUGCUGCAACCACUGCUACCUUAUCAAGCCUCCCGAGGAAAAUGAGAGAGAGAAUGGCAUUGAGACCCUGCAGUCUCUGAUCAGGAGCAGUGGAAAGCUAAUUCUCUUGGAUAAGCUGCUGACCAGGCUGCGGGACAGAGGCAACAGAGUCCUGAUCUUCUCCCAGAUGGUGAGGAUGCUGGACAUCUUGGCAGAGUACCUGACUAUCAAACACUAUCCUUUCCAGCGCUUGGACGGCUCAAUCAAAGGGGAGAUCCGAAAGCAGGCGCUGGACCACUUCAAUGCCGACGGCUCUGAGGACUUCUGUUUCUUACUGUCAACACGAGCUGGAGGGCUGGGAAUUAAUUUGGCCUCUGCUGAUACCGUCGUUAUCUUUGAUUCGGACUGGAACCCCCAAAAUGACCUUCAGGCCCAGGCUCGGGCUCACCGCAUUGGGCAAAAGAAGCAGGUGAAUAUUUACCGCCUGGUCACAAAGGGUACGGUUGAGGAGGAGAUCAUUGAGAGGGCCAAGAAGAAAAUGGUGCUGGAUCAUUUGGUGAUCCAGCGCAUGGACACCACUGGACGGACUGUUCUGGACAACAACUCUGGGCGAUCCAAUUCAAAUCCUUUCAACAAAGAGGAACUGACAGCAAUUCUAAAGUUUGGAGCUGAAGAUCUCUUUAAGGAGCUUGAAGGGGAAGAGUCAGAGCCUCAGGAGAUGGACAUUGAUGAAAUUCUGCGUUUGGCUGAAACACGAGAGAAUGAAGUGUCCACCAGUGCCACCGAUGAGCUGCUCUCACAGUUCAAGGUGGCUAACUUUGCAACCAUGGAGGAGGAAGAGACAGAGCUGGAUGAGCGGCCCCAGAAGGACUGGGACGAUAUCAUUCCAGAGGAGCAGAGGAAAAAAGUGGAGGAGGAAGAAAGGCAGAAAGAACUGGAGGAAAUCUACAUGCUGCCUCGUAUCCGGAGCUCAACUAAAAAGGCUCAAACGAAUGACAGUGAAUCAGAUGCAGAAACUAAGAGAAGGCUUCAGAGAUCAUCGGGGUCAGAAAGUGAGACUGAUGAUACCGAUGAUGAGAAGAGACCAAAGCGCCGUGGACGUCCUCGGAGCGUUAGAAAAGAUACUGUGGAAGGAUUUACUGAUGCUGAAAUCCGGAGAUUUAUCAAGGCUUACAAGAAGUUUGGACUGCCUCUUGAGCGGCUGGAGUGCAUUGCCCGGGAUGCGGAGCUGGUGGAUAAGUCUGUGGCUGAUCUGAAGCGUUUAGGGGAGCUCAUCCACAACAGCUGUGUGUCAGCAAUGCAGGAAUACGAGGAGCAGCUGAAAGAAAACCCAGGUGAAGCAGGGAAAGGGCCUGGGAAAAGAAGAGGUCCUACCAUCAAGAUCUCUGGUGUCCAAGUCAACGUGAAAUCCAUCAUCCAGCACGAAGAGGAGUUUGAAAUGCUGCAUAAAUCCAUCCCUGCAGACCCAGAGGAAAGGAAGAAGUACCGCCUGACGUGCCGUGUCAAAGCUGCCCAUUUCGAUGUAGACUGGGGAGUGGAGGAGGAUUCUCGCUUGUUAGUGGGAAUUUAUGAGCAUGGUUAUGGAAACUGGGAACUAAUUAAAACAGAUCCGGAAUUGAAGUUAUCUGAUAAGAUCCUGCCUGUUGAGACAGAUAAGAAACCUCAGGGAAAACAGCUCCAGACUCGAGUUGAUUAUCUACUGAAACUGCUGAAGAAGGAUCUGGAGAAGAAAGAAAACAUGAAAGAUGGGGAAGAGGGCAAGCUAAAGAAGAGGAAACCACGAGUAAAGAAAGAGAACAAGGCUCCCAAAGUUAAAGAUGAGCAUGGGAAUGAACUCUCCCCUCCUCGGCACUCAGACAACCAGUCAGAAGAAGGUGAAGUCAAGGAGGAUGGCUUGGACAAGAGCCCGGUGAAAAAGAAACAGAAGAAGAAAGAGAACAAAGAGAACAAGGAAAAACAGACGAGCACUAAGAAAGAAAAGGAAAGUGAUAAAGAGAAAAAGAAGACAAAAGAAAAGAAGGAAAAGCCUAAAGGUGGUGAAGCCAAAUCUGGAAGUAAAGGGAAGAGAUCGCAAGGUCCCGUCCACAUUACAGCAGGGAGUGAACCAGUCCCCAUUGGAGAAGAUGAGGAUGAUGAUCUGGACCAAGAAACAUUCAGCAUAUGCAAGGAAAGGAUGAGACCAGUGAAAAAAGCACUGAAACAACUAGAUAAGCCUGACAAGGGACUGACGGUUCAAGAACAGCUGGAGCACACACGCAACUGCCUCCUAAAAAUUGGGGACCGCAUCUCUGAGUGCCUUAAAGCCUACACUGACCAGGAUCUUAUCAAGCUAUGGAGAAGGAACCUAUGGAUAUUUGUGUCAAAGUUCACAGAAUUUGAUGCCAGAAAACUGCACAAACUCUACAAGAUGGCUCAUAAGAAAAGGUCGCAGGAAGAGGAGGAGCAGAAGAAGAAGGAGGACAUGGCCAGCAUGCCCAGCAUGAAGAAGCCGUUCCGCCCGGAGCCUUCAGGCUCCAGCCGUGAUCCUGCCAUGUCCCAGUCUCACGUGCCUCACAAUCCUCAUUCCCAGAAGCUCCACAUGCCCCCUUCCCAUACCCAGCAGCAGAUGCAUGGGCACCCGCGUGAAAGCUACGGCCAUCCCCCCAAGAGACACUUCAGCAACACAGACCGAGGAGAGUGGCAGCGAGAUCGAAAAUUCAGCUACAGUGGCAACAGCAACCAGAUGUGGGGCGGGGAGCGGCAUCACCAAUAUGAGCAGCACUGGUACAAGGACCACCACUACGGGGACCGGCGAUCUCGUGGAGACCCCCACCGAAGCUCUGGGAACUACAGACCAAAUAACCUCUCCCGCAAGAGGCCCUACGAACAGUACAGCAGUGACCGAGACCACAGAGGCCACCGGGAUUAUUAUGACAGACACCACCAUGACUCCAAGCGCCGACGAUCCGAUGAGUUCAGGCCUCAGAAUUACCACCAGCAGGAUUUCCGACGGAUGUCUGAUCACAGGCCGCCCAUGGGAUACCAUGGCCAAGGACCUUCGGACCACUACCGGUCCUUCCACACAGACAAACCGGGAGACUACAAACAGCCUCUUCCUCCACCUCACCCUUCAGUGUCGGACCCUCGCUCGCCCCCCUCUCAGAAAUCUCCUCACGAUUCCAAGUCGCCUCUCGAUCACAGGUCACCUCUGGAUAGGUCGCUAGAACAGAAAAACAAUCCAGAUUAUAACUGGAACAUUAGGAAAACGUAAAGUGACUGAGAAGGGGGGAAACGCAUCUUGAAAGACUUGGAUGCAACAACCAGAAACUCUGAACAUGCUGCUAUCAUCUUGCUGGGUCAAGGAGGAUUUUGGAGGAGCGGGUGGAGGAAGACUCAGUUCUAAUUUGGGUUCCCAUUUCGUUUCCCCCCCUUUCUCUCAUUGAACAUUGGAACCAGACUUGCCUCAUUCUUUCUCUUUGGUUUGUUUUCCCCAGUCCAAUGGACGCAUUGAGAAUUUUCCUCAGCCACAGUGUUUCCCCAAAACCGAGAAGGCGGAUCAAUGCUGCUUAGGAUUGUGCCAGAAGGCUGUGUGCCUGCUCGGUCUUGAUGUUACACGACAGAUGCUGCUCUGGGAUUGGGGAUGAACUGGUUGGGCUGGGCUUUGUGUGUAACCAGCAUAGGUCAACGGAUGGUAUAUUCCAAGAGGGACAGGAGAGUCCCUCAGCAUCCAAGCUGUUGUUGUCACAAGGGCUUGGUUGAAAGAGGGACUCUGUGUCCCUACAGUGACUCCAAAGGAGUUGGAUCCAUGCUGGUGACAAUCCAUCACUUUUCUGGACUCAUGAUCAUUUCUUGUGUCUUUAUCCAUUUCAAGAAACUGGCUCUGCUCUGACUGCCAUUGUGUCCCCUGCUACAGAGGAGCAGAGGGGGAUCCAGGGCUGGAACCAGCAAAUCUUGACUCUGGGAGACUUUGGGAUAUGUGAAAAAGGCAGACUUCUGUAGCAAAGGCUUACUUCACUUCUGACGAGUAGGAAAGAAGCUAGGGCGAGGGCAGUAUUUCCUAGUGGACAGGGCGCAGGAAUGCAUAACAAGACCCCUCUUCUCUCCUGACAUGGGCAGCUUGGAUAGCCAGGAAUUAACACAGGUGCUGGCUGGGGACUGUAAGUUACCAGGACAAGAGCAUCUGGGGACCCUGAAGCUCUGAAUUCCAGGCAAGUCAUUUCUCUGUGUGCUUCACAAAACGGUGAUCACAAACCAUUACUACAACCAAAAGAGAAGGGGUGGUAGCACAGAGUUGAAUGGCAAUGCUGCGGGCUGAUAUCUGCCUUGGGGAAUGGUCACACCUGUCACCUUUCUGCCACCGCUCAGCAGUCUGUCUGAGUCGGAGAUGUGCCUGCGGGCUUAGCACUUAAAUGAGGAGGAAGAAAAUGAGGAAUUCAGGACUUGGUACUUAAGAAUUCCUGCUGCAAAUGUCUUAGAGGCCCAGCAUGACAGAGGGAGAAGAGGGGCUUGCAGCCCAGCUCAGCGGGCUUCAGAGCAAACGUUCCUCCAAGUGUUAGUGUCAUUUUGAAUGAUACAGAACAGCGUCCAGCCAGCGGUGUGGGGAGUGGUUCCACACAGGUUGCUGGCCAGAAGUCAAUAUGGAGAUUUCUUUUUAGGUUCUAAGUCUUUGUCAGUAGAACUGCAUCCCUGCAAAGAACAAAGUUCUCCCAACAGCCAGACUGGCCGGAGCAUGGUGUCUGGGGAUGCUUCAUCUCCCAGAGUUCAGAUUAAAGAUCAGGCUGUUCCAGGCUGCUCUCCUUGGCGGGGGGCAGAAGCUGAGGCUCUGUUAAGAUGCCAGUAUAUGACCUUAAUAAGCUGUGAUGUCCUUUCCCUGAUAGUCCGAGGGGUGUUGAGGGCUGGCCUCCCUGCUCCAGGCGCUUUGGAAAGCGCACACAAAUUGACACUAACCCCCACGUCUCCCCUCCGCGCGGUGCUGGAGGCAUUGAGGCAACACGUUACCGCUGCCAUUCUCACUAAGCUGUGAUUGCACUUGCUGUGGUAUUCAACAAAGAGGUCCUUUCUUUUCAGAGGUAUUAGCUUUUAAAGUAAAAUUGGAAGAAACCUCACAGGGGCAAAGAGAAAUUGCUCUUUUCAUUCACAUUCACACAGUGGUGCUAUCGUGAUGGAAAGUUUGUGCCAUACAAGCCGUAGCAAGAGGCAAUACUGGCCAGACCAGUGUUACGGUUGGUGUAGGAAAACUCUGAACUCCAACAAGAGGCACUUUUGUACCCAUGCAUGAGGGGUUCUGCUCGUCCCAGGUUCCAAGCAUGAGGUGGUUUGGGGUUUCUUUCUUGAAACCAGUGCAACAGCAAAAGCUUUGCCCACAGCCGGCAAAGAGUGGUCCCCACUGUCACACUGGGUUGCCACUGAGCAGUCACCUGGUUUUCCUCGCUCACAACGGAUGGCUCUUCGCUGGACUGCACAUUCAUGCAACUGGAGAUUUGCAGGGAAAGUCUUCCCCAGGUGUGCGUGCACACGUUUUAUCCCCUCGAAACAGGGACCAGACAUAGUCACUUGGUGUGAACGGGAUUGGAGGGGACAGAUCCACAGCCAUAAACGUCACUGCAGUGUCUGUGUCAGCAUCUGGUACAGCUCUUCCUUCUGAGCCAGCUGUGGGGUUUCCUCUAUCCUCUUUGCAGGAAAAAGUAGCAAUGUGCUGGGUUUGUUUGUCCGUUGCUUCAUCCGUUUGUUUGUCUUUUUAAGAACGUUUUUCAGCCUGACCCCUUUGGAAAUGCUGUGAGUUCAGGCGAUGGAAGUCCUGCAGAGCAGACAGGUGGUGCGGUGCCCAGCCGAGGUGGCUCUCUGAGGUCCCUGGCGUAAACAGUUUUAAGUGACCCACACCCAAAUACUUCUCUGCUUUCACUCAUUUCCUCCCGACCUCCACCUCCCUCCAGGGAGAGAAGGACUCUCACUGUAAAAGUCUUUUAAACCUGUUGACUAAAAGAACAGUAAUUAAUAUUAAUUUAUAUUUGUGAAAAAAAAAAAAAUGCCACUGUCCUAGUGAUUUCUGAUGUAAAUAUGUUGUUUAUAUAGUAUGUAUUAAAUUUUCCUACAUUGUAAAACUGCUGUACUUUUGAUUCUUGUAUAUUAAAAAGUGUUCCUGAGGUUUUCA